AUGGUUAAAGAUGCGGCCUUCUCGUGGGCUAAGGCUCACCCACAGGUGCUUGCAGAUAUGGACGUAAUUACGGACUGCAUAGAACGCAAUCAACAGAUUCCUUGUUCGUGCUCUAUUGAAGCGGCACUCCGUGUACUUGAAAAAUGGCUGCUUACCAUGCCUCUUCCCCUCGUACCAAAUGAGUCGUUAGUUGCCAGUCAAACUGAAGAAGACAAAUUGCACAUACUUUGUAGAGCAGUCCUCCUCAACCUGCCCAGUCUUGCAAGGAACAUAUUGAUGACAAUGCUAGCGAUAAUGCGGGAGCUACUGUUUUAUAACCGGAUGACAUACGAGAUCAUGUUACCAUUGGUCUGGAAGGAUAAUCCUGAAGAAUUACAUAACGAUGGAAUCAUGCUAAGUCCAAUCGAAUUCAUACCACGAGAAGUUCGAGACCAUCUUGUAUCUAACCUCGUUCGUGGACAUACCAAAAUCAUCUAUGGCUCGGAUGGAUGCUGCCGUGCUCUGGCUGUAUGGAUCGCGCGUCUUGUAGCUCGAGAUUCACCCACCGAAAUUAGGACUGCAUUCGUACAACACUUUCUUCUCUGA